GUAAAGAUAGCAAGGGAACUUUUUCUCGGACGCACAGAACUGGACAGAAGUUUAAAUGAUCAUCCGGAAGAGUAAUAAAAUCAAAAAGCUACUCGAUCUAUGGCCCGGUAAAAGUGCACUCGGCAUCUAUCGGUUUUUGCCCAUUUUCUUCGGGCUCGGUGCCGCACUAGAAUUUUCCAUGAUCCACUGGCGCGUAGGGGAAACUAAUUUCUAUAACACGUUCAAAAAGCGUCAGGCGAAAGACAUCGUUGAGGAACGGUUGCGUUUGCAUCAGCUGGAACCAAUAGGAAAGUAAAGUGCCACCAUGCCGGCCGGUGUUCCGAUGCGUCAGUAUCUUACUUUCACAGCGGCGGCCUUGCUGAUGAUGUUUGCGGGGUCACAGGUUGUGCACACGUACUACCACCCUCUACGCGACCUGAAUUACUACAUCGAGCGGGAAAUCAAAAG